AGAGCAGCAGCACUGCGGCAGCGGGACUCUUAUUUUGCCGCGUGCUCCUGCAGCGGAAGCGGAAGCGGCGCGCUGACCGUGUUUCUCCUGUGUGAGAUGAUGGCGGAUUUUGAUCACGAGCAGCUAGAUUUUCUUCGCGAGCGGCACGUGCGGUUCUUCCAGCGCUGCCUGCACGUGCUUCCCGAGAGAUACGCGCCGUACGAGACCACCAGGUUGACGAUCGUGUUCUUCGCUCUGUCGGGUCUCGAUGUUCUUGAUGCUCUGGAUGUCGUGGACAAGCCGGGUUUAAUUGAGUGGAUUUAUUCCCUGCAGGUUCUUCCCACCGACGACAAGUCUAAUCUCAGUCGCUGUGGCUUCCGCGGAUCCUCACACAUCGGCGUUCCCUACAGCAGCUCGAAGGGCCCCGGGGCUCCUCACACGUAUGACAGCGGUCACGUGGCCAUGACCUACACGGGCCUGGCAUGUCUGGUUAUUCUGGGAGACGAUCUGAGUCGUGUGGAUAAAGAGGCUUGUCUGGCGGGACUGAGAGCGCUGCAGCUGGAGGACGGCAGUUUUUAUGCUGUUCCUGAGGGAAGCGAGAACGACAUGAGGUUUGUGUACUGCGCCACCUGCAUCUGCUUCAUGCUGGACGACUGGUCAGGAAUGGACUGCCAGAGAGCCAUCGAUUACAUCCGGAGGAGCAGCUCGUAUGACAGCGGGAUCGGUCAGGGAGCCGGACUGGAGUCUCACGGCGGAUCCACGUUCUGUGCCGUGGCGUCUCUGUGCAUGAUGGGAAAGCUGCAGGAGGUGUUCAGCGAGCGAGAGCUGAAGCGGAUCCGGCGCUGGUGCAUCUUCAGACAGCAGAACGGCUUCCACGGCCGACCCAACAAACCCGUGGACACCUGCUACUCCUUCUGGGUCGGAUCCACGCUGCAGCUCUUAGACGUGUUCCAGUACACUAACUUUGAGAAGAACCGGAACUACAUUCUGUCCACGCAGGACCGCUUGGUGGGCGGUUUCGCUAAGUGGCCCGACAGUCACCCAGACCCUCUCCACACGUACUUCGGCAUCUGCGGCUUGUCUCUGAUCGGAGAAGCGGAGCUGCGGAAGGUGCAUCCGGCGCUGAACAUCAGCAUGCGGGCGUUCGAGAGUCUGCGGCAGCUGCAGGGGGCGUGGAGGCAGAAGAGCACGUGACCACAGACGGACUCCACAGCAUUAGAGCCAGCGUGAGCGCUCACACACAAGCUGAUGAAUAAAUGAUCGCAUCCAGCAUAAUCUAUUAAUAAAGGUAAAACUGUCGCUCUUUAGUUGGUUUCGUCCCCGGCUCGUCUGCCAGAUUCAUCCUUCCUCUUCACGCAUUGUGUGAUUAGUUUCUGCCUUACAGACAAGAAGUGCUCGCAGUGAAGCUCAUGUUUGUACAGAUGAGCUGUUUCUGGAGUCAUAUGCACUGUUUAUCUGUUUUACGCUUUAUAUAUAUAUAUAUAUAUAUACUGUAUAUUUCCAUUUCAUGUUCUUUCUGUGAAAUCAUUGUCCUCUCGUGCCUCAGAUGUCUUUAGGGUGUUACAGUAUAUUCUAUAUAUACACAUGGCAUCUCCACUUGAUUGUGUGUUUCAAGGAUCAAGUAAUGAAAUUAUUUUUUCUAUACUGUAAUAUCUAGUGUAGGAGUGACAGUCACGCUGCUCAUAUUUUAUUAUCAUGUAAAGUUCAAGUGCUGAACUGACGGGCUGCGAGUGUCAAUAAAUGAAGAGCUUUUAUCAUGUCCCAGAAAUAAGCGUUUAUGGCAGUGCUGGUGCGAAACAAGUAUUUAAUA